UAAUUCCAUGCUGUGUAUCAUUUGGUCCUUUCUGUCCCACAGCACAUAUAUAUAGUCUCCCUUUACAUACUCAUUCCAGUACACACACCACCUCAUUAUCUUUCUUUCUUUCCUAUCCUUCCUUCUAGUGUACCCAUUUUGAAUGUGUUCUCUCUCUUUUCUUUGGGUCCCCGGUGAAUCUAGAACCACUUCCUAGCUUCUCUUCUUGCUAUCAUAUAUCAUCGAUCACUCUCAUAGUUAACCUCCUGAAUGCCGGAAAACAUGAGCAUAUCAGUGAAUGGACAAUCUCAAGUCCCACCUGGCUUCAGGUUUCACCCAACAGAAGAGGAGCUUCUUCAGUACUACUUGAGGAAGAAGGUCUCCUACGAAAAGAUUGACCUCGAUGUGAUUCGUGACGUUGAUCUCAACAAGCUCGAGCCAUGGGACAUACAAGAGAAAUGCAAAAUAGGAACAACUCCGCAGAAUGAUUGGUACUUCUUCAGCCACAAAGACAAGAAGUACCCCACUGGAACGCGCACCAAUCGCGCCACUGCUGCAGGGUUCUGGAAGGCCACUGGCCGCGACAAAGUUAUAUACAGCAACGGUAAGAGAAUUGGAAUGAGAAAGACUCUGGUUUUCUACAAAGGAAGAGCCCCACACGGCCAGAAAUCCGAUUGGAUCAUGCAUGAAUACAGGCUCGAUGACAACACCACCAGCGACACCAACAUCGUGUCGAAUGUGAUGGGAGAUGGUGGACAAGAAGAAGGGUGGGUGGUGUGCAGGAUAUUCAAGAAGAAGAACCAUCUGAAAACCCUAGACAGCCCUCUAGGUUCUGGUGAAGGUAGAAGGAGCCACAGCCACUUGUUUGACUCGUGCGACGAGGGAGCUUUGGAGCAGAUACUUCAGCAAAUGGGAAGGGGUUGCAAGGAAGAGAGUAGCUACGAGGGAAACUACAACAACAACAGCAACAGCAACAGCAACAGCAACAACAGCAUGAACUAUGGAAGGUUGGUAAGGCCUUUCGACAAUGAGAGGUUCAUGAAGCUGCCAAGCCUGGAGAGCCCAAAAUCCACAAGCAUGGAGAGCCAGCACAAUAAUAAUGGUGAUAAGAAUGAUGGGUACCAUCCCAUAAUUCCUGUGGAGAUGGGCACGGACAAUGAAGGGUCAUUCGCAACCCACCAGCACCAGGUGAGUGGUUCUGACCCCAGCAUGGUUCACGCAUUGGAGGUAGGAUCAGGUGGUGGAGGCCUCACCAACUGGGCUGCGCUGGACCGUUUGGUCGCGUCUCAACUCAAUGGCCAGACCGAGGCCUCUAGGCAAUUGGCCUGCUUCAACGACCCCACCAUCGGCUAUUGCACCACCGACCAUGAUCUUCAAUUGCCAACCCUCCGAUCCUCAUCAACGCCUUCAUCAACGUCGGCACACGCUAGGCUUCAUGCUCCUCCCGCAUCCUACAUCAACCCCACACAGGACUUCACCAGCGAGAUUGACCUUUGGAACUUCACUCGAUCCACGUCCUCCUUGCUGGCUUCCUCAGAACCACUGUGCCACGUGUCCAACACGUCAGUCUAGCCCAAUAAAUAAAUAAAUCAUAAUAAUAAUAAUCAUCAUCAUCGUCAUAAUAAUAAUAAUAUUAAUAUCCCAACCCCACCACCCUCAUCGUCCUCCCAUGUUCCAUUGUUAAAUAUAGAAAUAAUUAGUUCUUCAUCAUAUAUCAUGUUUAAUUAGUUCUUCUCAA